AUGAAUAUUUUUACAUGAAAUAUUCUAUUGCUUAUAUAUUUUAUUCUACUGCUUAUUAUAUCGUAUUGUUGCAAACUUUAUUAAUUAGUGAGAUAGACGGUGAAGAAGAGCUUAACAGAUAUAGCAUUAAAAAAUAUAGAAUGCACAUAAUAAUAUUCUCUACACGUUAUAUUUACGAAAAGAUAAAUAUUUUCUCUAGAAAUUACUUCUUCCUUUUCGUGUUUUCAAUCGUUUCAUAACAUUUUGCGAUGGCGCCCACGUCUUUAAUGAUCGUCUAAAUUUACAAGCCCUAUGCCGGUGUUAAUUUUCACGGAAAAAAACGUUUACAGAAUAUUUUAAAUACAAUAUAAUAUUCUAAUUUGUUAAAGUAUUUUAUUUGAAAAAUGGACUUGGCUAGAAGUGCAUGGAGAAAGUCAAUUUUUAUAUAUAAAAAUAGUUUACAAACUUCUUUGAGAAAUAGUAGUAGCACACCAUCAAAUAUAGCUGAAGUAGCAGUUUUUUCACGCGAUGGAGAUUCUGGGUUAACUGUUACGGAUGCUGGCGAUACAAAGCCAAAAGAUGAUAUGAUUUUCAAUGCUCUUGGGGCGACAGACGAGCUAUCUUCUUAUAUUGGAUUGGCAAGAGAAUUUGCAUGUGAUAGUAAAGUUGAACAUCCUUAUGUUGAUAAACUUAAACGGGUACAAAUGAUAUUAUUUGAUUUGAAUCAUGCUAUAUCGAAGUCAAUACCAGGGAAAACAAAAACAUUUGAAAGCCAACACACUAAAGAUCUUGAAGAAUGGAUUUUAGAAUAUGCUAAUCAAUUGCCCCCACCAGAAGAUUAUAUUAUUCCUGGUGGUGGAAAAGCUUGUGCAUCUCUUCAUGUAGCACGAAAUGUAUGUAGACGAGCAGAGAGAAGUAUUACGUCUUUGGUGCGCAAUGGUGCUUUAGAUAAGGAAGCACAAACAUAUUUAAAUAGAUUGUCAGAUUUUCUUUUAACUGUAUCACGUAUUGCUGCAAAAUGUGAUCAACGUACAGAAAACAUUUAUAUUCCUCGAGCAGAAGUACAAGAAGAGAAAUAAGUGACUGAUCUAUAUAAAUAUGAGCAGACUACAUCGACAUCUUGUAUUACGGAUAUACAGAUAUUAUUGAAACUAUCUGCACAAAUGUAAGUGAUAGUAUCAAUGUUAAGCAUUAUAUAUUUAUGAUUAAUUCUUUAAGCAUCUUAUAAAUAUGAAAGAUGUAUGUUCUUUAGGAUUAUUAAUUAAUAUUAUAGAUGCAUUUUUUGUAGUAUGUAGAAAAAUAUACUAAUUUACAUAAAUCAGGACUUACUAAAAAUAUUCCAUAGAAGUGUAUUAUUUGUUGUGAAAUUAUUAAAGCAUUUUUAUAGGAAUUAUGAAUCUAAACAAGGUAGAUAAAAAAUUAUACAAGGAUGAUUUUGCGUCAUUUCGGAUAAUCUUAUAGUUAGAUGCAACCCCUGAGAGAGUAGGAUUUUUGACAAAAAAAUUAUGCAAAUUAUACCACAUGAAUGAGUUAAAUAAUGAAGUAGCAAUUUUGUAUGUGUGUUAAUGUGCGUGAGUAUAUAUAUAUAUAUAUAUAUAUAUAUAGAGAGAGAGAGAGAGAGAGAGAGAGAAAGAGUAUUGAAUUUCAUUAUUAAAUAAUUUAUCUUGUAUAUCAAUUAUGUACACAUAUGAAAUGUUUACUAAAACAAAAUAAAAAAUCUUAAUAACUU